AUGGGAAUAAAGAGGCAGAGGACUCUUGCUGAAUUUGGAAUCUCUGAGACUCGCUCGUUGCAGAUUCGUAAUCAGCAGUCUAGCUUUGGUAGUAGUCAGGAUCCCAUCGUUGUAGAGGAAGAUGAAGAGCGAGUACAAGAGGUACGAUGUCCACUAUGUAAUGCGGAUAUUACACACCUAGAGAUUUAUAUGAAGGAGGCACACGCUCAGAAAUGUUUGGAUAAGGCACCAGAACCUAAGAAGCCCAAAACUAGACCACCUUUACCUGGCACUAAAAUUGUUAAGUUAUUCAGUUUGCAGAUAGUUGUGGACGGAUUUGCAUAUGAUAGACAUGGAGACAUCGAACACUAUUUCCUUUCACAUUUCCAUUCGGAUCACUACGGUGGACUUAAGAAAUCUUGGACUAAUGGUAUUAUCUAUGCAUCGAGCAUUACUAUUAACUUAGUCAGGGAUAAGUUUAAAAUUGAUGGAUCAAGACUACGACCGUUACCCAUGAAUGAAAAAAUUUGGAUUACUGAUAAAGUCUCCGUAGUAUUGUUAGACGCUAACCAUUGUCCCGGUGCAGUGGUAUUUCUUUUCGAAGAGUAUGAUAACGAUGCAGUGGUAAAGACAGUUUUACAUACGGGGGAUUUUAGAGCUAAUAACAAGUUGAUAGAAGAAGUGAAGCGAUGGACGACCAGGUUAGAUGAAGUCUAUCUCGACACGACCUAUUUGAUACCUGGGUUCCAUUUCCCAUCACAAGAAUCUGUAUUGGAAGUGACGUCGAAUUUUGCAAAAGAUUUGGUAAAUCGUGGAUUUCAAUCAAUUUUCCAAAACGAUCAAAAAUCCAUUGUUAAUUACACACAUCAAUCACCUAAGUUGUACAAAUUAUUAUUUUUAGUGGGCACUUAUACCAUCGGUAAGGAAAAGUUGGCAAUUUCACUUGCUCAAGUAUUGGGAACAAAGAUAUUCAUCCCCGCUGGUACGCCAAGGCACAGAAUGAUCUCCCAAUACAUGGAAUACUUCCCAUCAGGAUUGAUUACGCAUGAUGUGAAGGAAUCCUGCGUCCACCUAGUGCCACUUAGAAUUUUAAAUUCUAAAGAUUCCAUCCAAUCGUACUUCCAAAAUUACAGCAGCAUAUAUGAAGACGUUGUUGGCUUUAUACCCACAGGUUGGACGUUUACGAGUAAAUGGGCUAAAAAACCGGAGUUUUCCACAAUUUUAUCAAGAAUGGACUACUGUAAAGAAGUUUUGCAUAAUACCCAGGAUGCAUUGGACAUAAACUUCGUAUUAAAACAAUUUAAAAAAUAUCAAAGAUUUCAGGUUUUUAAAGUGCCGUAUUCUGAACACAGCAGUUUUAAGGAUUUGGUUAAUUUUGGUUGUUCAAUGGACUAUAAAACAAUUUUGGCCACCGUAAAUUUGCAUAAUAUUAAAGAGAUGAAUGAAUGGUUUGCUACUUGGCAGAACAUGCGGAAUGAUAGUACAUUUUGCUAG